AUGCCUUGCUCCAUCUUGCGUAGUGUACUACUUGUGGUGGUCACCGCGGUGGUGAUCGGCACGGCUCGCGGCCGCAGCGGCUCCGGCGACCACCUCACCGCCGGCUUCACACGUGUGAGGCUGACGGAGUCCCAGUUUGUUGUGCAGAAGCCCUACGACGUUCUGCUCGACGCGCGCUACGAGUUCUCCGGCGGCAUCCGCCGGAUGAGGUGUACACGUCGAGGGUGUGGUAGUUUCGAGGGUGAGGUGUACGUGCCGGCGGGCACAUCCGGCGCGUUCAUCAUACAGAUCUUCGGGGCCAAGCCGGAGCGGCAGGCGACGACGCUGAUGCUCCACGUCUACGACGGCAACCUCACCUUCUACCACCGCCAGCAGAGUGUGCUCGCCCACGACGCCUACGACCGCUGGCUCCGGCUCAACGUCGUCCAUGACGUGGGCGCGCGCAACGUCACCGUCUACGUCGACGGCGCCGAGAGGCUGCGCUCGAGCAGCCACGGCGCGCCGCACGCCGAGCACUACUUCAAGUUCGGGGUGUACAAGCAAUCACACCACAACCCGUCGCACCGCAUGGAGUCACGGUGGAGGAACGUCCGGGUCUUCACCAAGCCAUGA